AUGGCUCAUGCGGACGUUGCAGUGCCAGCCGACAGCCAGAGGCUUCAGGAAGAUGGAGAUGCGCCACCUUCAUCCACGGCUUCGGCCACUGAAGCUCCCAAGCUGAGCACUAUGGAAUGUGUGCUAACCAUAGGCUCGAUUGGCCUCGUUGUUCUCAUGGGCGCUUUGGAUUCGACUAUCGUGGCCACUAUCAAUCCGACCCUAGUUGCGCAAUUCAAAUCUGGCGGGGACAUUGGAUGGUACGGUGCCGUCUUCCUCUUGGUAGUGGGCGCAACGUUGCCUUUCUUCGGCAAGCUCAUCACCCUCUUCCUGCCGAGAAAUGUCUUCCUGGGGUCCCUGACGAUUCUAGAGAUUGGGUGCUUGAUGUGCGCUCUUUCUCAAAACUCGCCAACAUUCAUCGUCGGACGAGCGUUUGCUGGACUUGGGUGUGCUGGAAUUUUGUCUGGCGGUUUGACCAUCACUGCGUUGAUUACACCCCUACGGUACAGAGCCAUGUUCAUCAGCAUCAUUGGCGGCUUAGAGGGUGUUUCUAGUAUCAUAGGACCCGUCAUUGGAGGCGUCAUUACCAACACGAUCGGAUGGCGGUGGGGUUUCUGGAUCAACCUUCCGUUCGGCGGUGUCCUUUUCGGCGUCUUGCUCAUCGCGUUUCGGAAGCCCAUCAGAACACCAGGCAAUGACACGAAUGCAAGAAAAUCAACCCUCGAAAAACUGCGACAGCUGGACUUUAUUGGAGGAUUCAUCAUCAUUGGCUCGCUCACUUGCUUGCUCCUGGCUUUGCAAUGGGGAGGCGCUACAUAUCCGUGGGCGAAUGGUCGCAUCAUCGCGCUUUUCGUUAUUUCCUUCGUCUCCUUUGUCGUUUUUGGGUUUUGGGAAACCAGACUCGGUGACGGGGCAUUGUUUCCGAUGCGCUUGCUCAAAAGAAAAGCGUUUAUUGCAUCUCUCUGGUUCGGUUUCGGCAUCUCCAGCGGCAUGUGGAUCAUUCUCUAUUAUCUUCCGGUAUGGUUCCAGGCAAUCAUGGGCGUGACAGCUGAGGGCUCCGGAGUUCGCGUCUUACCGAUGGUGAUAUCCGAAGUCUCAAUUGCGACCGUUGCAGCAGCGCUGGUUCCGGUUGUCGGAUACUUGCCUCCCUUCGUCUUCACAGCUACGACUCUGUCUGCCAUUGGCGCUGGUCUAUUGUCAUCGCUGCAUCCCGGCAGUCCCAGAGCUCAGUGGAUAGGAUAUCAAGUGGUAUUGGGCGCCGGCUACGGCAUAGGCAUCCAGCAAUCUCUCGUCAAUGCCCAAGCAUCGGUCGAGCCAGCAGAUGUUGGCUACGGAACAUCUGCUGUGCUCCUGGGCAAUAUCCUCGGAGGCUCCAUCUUCAUUAGCAUCGCGCAAGCCAUCUUCCUCGGUGAGGUUCUAAAGCUCGAGGGCCAGUUUCCCGGAGUGCCACGGGAUACAUUGAUCAAUGAUUUUCGCUCGCUGCGAGACAUUAUCUCCCCAGAGGACCUAGCAACAGCUUUGGAUGUCUACAACUCGGGUUUGCAAAAGGUAUUCCUGAUGGCGGCAGUGUUGUGCGCCAUGUCCGUCUUGAGCUGGCCCUUUAUCCCUUGGCGUGAACUCAAGAAAGAGAAAGAAGACCGCACUGUAGAGGUCAUUACGGAAUCAGGAGAAAUCAACGCUGGGGACGAAAAGGUUGUGUCUUCGAGCAAGGCUACAAGCGAGAGUGGAGAGAAAACCUUGGUAAAAUAAGUGAGGGUAGAUGCGAGACACGGCAUGUUGAUCAGAGUUGAUGUUCCAGCGAAUCAUGCCCUAUGUAGAGGUUAGAG